GCCUAACUUUACACAUUAAAAAAAAGGCUUUUCUUUUUUCCACUACUGACAUGUCCUUCCUCCCACCUGAACCCAUGUUUUUUGGCUAUGAAGAUGACCACCACCCUCCUCAUGAUUUCCAAGGUGUUCAGACACUUUUGAUGAGAAGAUCUAUGUCGUAUUCCGGGAUGGAAAGGUGCGAAGAAACGCGUGCGGGUGGUGGUGGUGGUGGUGCGGAUGAUGAUAUGUCGGAAGAUGAUGGAUCACAGCUCGGGGAGAAGAAAAGAAGGCUGAAUUUGGAGCAAGUUAAGGCUCUUGAGAAGAGCUUUGAGUUGGGAAACAAGCUCGAACCCGAGAGGAAGACUCAACUGGCGCGAGCCCUUGGGUUGCAACCGCGGCAAGUAGCCAUAUGGUUCCAGAACCGAAGGGCUCGAUGGAAGACCAAACAAUUGGAGAAAGAUUAUGAUGUCUUGAAGAGACAAUUCGAGUCGGUUAAAGCAGAUAAUGAUGCUCUCAAGAACCUAAACAAGAAACUUCAUGCAGAGUUAUUAGCUGUAAAAGGUGGAGAAUCAAAUGGGAUUAGACCCAUCAAUCUAAACAAGGAAACAGAAGGAUCAUGGAGUAAUGGAAGCGAAAACAGCUGCGAUCUGAACACAGUGACUGGCACCAUGACACCAUCAGAAGAAAGCCCAAUAUUUUAUACCCAGAUUUCAAACAACAUCUAUCCCAAUAUGACGUCAUCCAUCGGGCCGAAUUCCGGUCUAACUCAACUCCUUCAAAACCCUUCGACCACCGAUCUCCUGAACCAACGGCUAAACCAAACGGUUGGUAACGAAAGCUUCUGCAACAUGUUCAACGCUAUCGAAGAUCAACCGGCUUUUUGGCCAUGGCCUGAGCAGCAUCCUCAACAUCUUCAUUGAAGUCAUUUUUGUUGGAUUUUUUUCCCACAAAAAUCCCAUUUUAAAUUUGAUACAAGCACCCAUUUUGCAAUUUAAUUGGUGUAUAGAAUUGGUUUACAUGCAUUUUAUUUGUAUUAAUUAAGAGGAAAAAAUCAAAAUCAAAAUCGGAUUACGAAUCAAUUUCUUGUGAUUAUAGUUUGAGUUGCUUGUAACAUAGCAUGAUAUG